AUGGAGGACUCUGUUGAAAGUAAAGGCAGGACAUUAGAGGUAGAUCAACUCAACACAGAAAUAAGACAAAUUUCAAACUCGAAAAAUAAUCAAGAAGAGAAGAAAUGGAGCACAGACCAAGACGAAUUCGAAAGUAAAGCUUCUGAAAGACAGAAAUGUGUCAAUACCAGUUCGCAAUAUAUAGGACUUACGAAUGAAAGCAACAAUCUUUUGUAUAAAUGCAGUGAAAAUUUGGAAUACAGAUAUGAAAACAGACAUUCAGAAGAAUCAGCAUUUAAUGAGAGAAAAGUAGAAACCAAUCCAGAGAGCAACGAAAAUGAAAAACUACAUGACAGGGACUUAAAUUCAGACGAGAAAACAGAAAACUUGGAGUCACGUUUACAAAUGAUUGAAAUGAAAAAAGACAGGAAACCAGCCUCGAUUUUAGGUGGUCAUCAGUGUGAAACAAUCACCAGGAGUGGCGUCAAUGAAAUCAGUUACCCAGACAAUGAUAAUCAUGAAAUGAACAAAGCUUUAAAUCUGGAGCAACCAUCAACCUUUCCUGAAAGUAGUGAAAGCAGAAAUGAUGAAGAAAGUCGUGACGAGAACAAGAAAAUUAACUCAAAUAAAGUACAGGCAUUUAUUAGCAACGUGGAUAAUGCUGGCACUAAUUGCAAUAAUUCAUUUCAUUCUAAGGAAUACAGUUUGAUGAUGAAAAGUGAUAUAUGUAAUGACGUGAAAAAAGACCUCACUGAAAAUGACACAAUUAAACAAAGCCGUAAACGCGACGACAUCGUAUCGGACAACAUGGAGGAGUUGUCCUUGCCCAAAAGAGACUCUACAUCAGAAAAUGAAACGGAAGAAAAGUCGAACCUUCGUCAACAAAAUAACGAUGACGGUACGUUGGAACCGAUCAAAUCAGAUAAAAAACAAAAAUUAGAUGAAAGCGUUUUGCCUGCCUUAGAAAGAUCUAAUUCGAGUACGAAAUUGUCUAGAAUCAUUUUGAUUGGAAAAACUGGUACUGGAAAGAGUGCAACUGGAAACACUAUUCUUGGACAAAGAAAAUUUGAGACAGAGGUUGGAUUUAAAUCAUGUACAACAACCUCCCAAAAAGAAAUUUGUGAAAUGAAUAGCCAAAUUAUAGAGGUUAUCGACACACCUGGUCUAUAUGACACAUCAAAAUCGGAGGAAAUGGUCAAGGGGGAAAUUGCAAAAUGCUUAGAAAUGGUCUCACCUGGGCCACAUGUAUUCUUAGUCAUUUUGGCCGUGGGAAGGAUAACUGAGCAAGAAGAAUACACACUGAAAUACAUGACAGACCUGUUUGGAGGUCAUGACUUUCUCAAACACACAAUAAUUGUUAUAACCCGUAAAGAGGACCUUAACCCUGAGUAUGAUUCAGAUGACAAUGAAGAAGACUGCCAUGUUUCAGAGGAGCUUGCUGAGUUUGUUCGUGAUUCAGAGGAUCUUACCAGAAUGGUAGAGCAAUGUAAAGGCAGAUGUGUUGCUAUAUCUAAUGCUGGUGACAUUAAAGGAUCCAGAAGAAAAGAAGACACUAAAAAACUUAUCCAGUCCAUUAACCAGCUGAUAGAAGAAAACGAAGGGUUGUAUUACAGUAAUGCACUGUUUGAGGCAUUGGAAAACGAAAAGGAGGAUCAACUAAGGAAAGCAGAAAUUAUAAAACAAAAAACAAUCCAGGAAAAUGAGAGGCGUGAGGAUGAACGAAAACGAGAGAUAAAGCGGCGGGAGAAAAAUAUUGAAAGAUUAGAGAAAGAUAUAGAAAAAGAAGAAGAGAAACUAGAAAGAGAACAAUCUAAAAGAGAGGACUAUUCUGAAAAAUUAAACAAGGAACUGGAAAAAAUUACUGCAGAAAAUGAAGAGCGGGAAAAGGAAAUGGAGAGAAGAAUAAGAAAAAUGAAGAACCAUUUAAAGGAUCUACGAAAAGAAAACGACGAUUUAUAUUCCCAAUCAGAUAGUAUAGGUCGAACAAUUUCCCACUCAAUGAAAGAUCAUUCAAGAUGUGCCAUUAUGUGA